AUGAUGCUUCUGUUGGUGGCCCUCGCUGUGGUGAAAUGCUUCUCUUUGACUGAACUUAAAAAAAAAAAUGGUUGCUGCCCCAGGUUCCGGAGAACCCAGAAUGGAAAUUCCAAUUCGUUGAAAGAUUCUUCAGAAGGGCGCAGGAACAGUGAAAGAGAACAGGCGACCCUGGCGGACACGUUCCUUCAGGACCUCGAAGACCUGGAGUUUGAAGAAGAAAAUAACUUUAUCAAUUUUAAUGCAGAAAAAAAUGAAGGUGAACAGGGCGAAACUGACAAAGGCAGUCAUGUGGAAGAGCAUGGGCAAGAGGCGAAGUUCCAGGACGAUGAUUACGAAGAAAUUGUGGAUGCGAUCGAAGAGUUCCUAAACGAAAAAAUAAAAAAAAAGGAAAGGAAAAUAUCUGAACUACUGUAUGACGACGACUUCCUUAAAAUAAUGAACAGCAUCAGGAACUAUGUCAUGGAGGAGGAAGAAAAGAAGAAGAAGAACGCUGAAGGAGAGGAAGGCGCAGAAGAGGAUGAUGAAGAUGCGGAAGCUGGAGAAGCCCGUCGGGCUAAAAAGCGAAGGAGAAAAGGGCAUUCAUCUGGAGAAGGCGAAGAGGCGCAUGAGUCAGAAGAGGAUGAUGAGGAUGAUGAUGAGGACGCCGCUGCUUCCAAGAACGCAGACGAAGUGCUGAUCGAAAAAUGCAUCGAACUCAUAAUACAAAUAGACACCGAAAUCCUAAACAUCCACAAAUACGUGAAGGAUAUUUACUCGACGAAAUUCCCAGAGUUGGACUCCAUCGUGUAUACCCCUCUGGAGUACAUCAGUGUAGUGAGCAAAAUAAAAAACGAAAGUGAUUUGAAAAAUAUUGAUUUCUCCGAUAUUUUGCCGAACACUACUGUUAUGGCUAUCACCGUCGCCUCAAGUAUGAGCACAGGGAUAAACUUAUCAGACCACGCCUUAAAGACUUGCCUAUUCUUCUGCAAUGAAGCAUUAGAAUUAAACGAAAACAGAAAAAUGAUUUUGCUAUAUUUAGAGAGCAAGAUGUUUUUGCUGGCCCCAAAUUUGACCAUGCUGCUAGGUAGUGCAUUAACAGCUCGUUUAAUUAGUUCCGUGGGGUCUUUAAAAAAUCUUUCCAUCACAUCAUCUCAAAACCUUAUAGUGGUAGGUAGCUCGAAGAAGUCAGUCCUUGGGCUUAGUAAUGUACGGAAGACAUUCGGAAUAGGCAUAUUAAGUACCUCUGAAAUUGUACAGAGCGUUCCUGAUGCAUAUAAAAAAAAAGCCAUCAGUUUACUGGCUGGUAAGUGUAGUCUAGCAUCUAGAGUCGACUACUUUAAAAAAUAUCCUGAGGGACAAUAUGGAUUACUACUACGAGAAAACUUAAUAAGUCAUUUAAUCAAAUUACAAGAACCGCCUCCAAUGAAACAGAAAAAAAUCCUCCCCAUGCCAGAUGAGAAGAGGAAACGAAAAAGAGGAGGAAAGAGAUAUAGAAAAUUAAAAGAAAAAACGGAGAUCACUGAACUGAGGAAACAGAUUAAUAGGUUGCCCUUUGGACCCAACUCGAAUGAAGACUUUUACACAUUCACCGACCAAAAUGCAAUUUUGCUAAACUCAAAUAUCACAAAAUUGAAGUACCAGUCUAAGCAGAAGGUGAAUAAUGUGGCGAAGAAGAAGAACCUGUCCGUGCACUCCAGUGGAGUAACUGGUGGUUUGUCGUCUUCCCUGAUCUUCACCCCCCUGCAGGGCAUCGAGCUGUUCAACCCUUCCGUCGUCAACCCGAGGCCCGACCCCGUCGAGAACAAGUACUUCUCUAGCAAGGCCCAAUUCCGCAAGGUGUAG